GUCUGGCUCCAGCAGCAUGCAGUCAGAAGUCUGGGCUUGGAGAACUUUUCUGUUUGGAGUUUAGAGGAAAAUCUUUCCGAAUUGAUGAAAUGUUGCUCUUUGUUCACCGAUAUUAAAAUCUGUCAGUUUGCGCUAUCAAGCUGUGCUUUCUCUGAAGGAGGUGUUCACUCUGUCCUCCUCUGACCUGCGGUCAUGUUGACCUGUAUCACCAGGUCAAACAUCCCAGAGAGCCUCUGGCCGCUUCUGCUCCGCAUGACGCAGGAAAUCUGUAAGGUGAAUACAAGGCUGUCGGAGCGGACGUAGCUGAAACGAAGUCUGAACGAAAAGCCGAAGAAGAAUCUCAGAAAAUUCAGCUCAAAGUUUAGCGGUUCAGACCGACAGACUGUUCCUCUGUUUCUGUCCAUAGCAAGCCGGCGAUUCCAAUGAGCAACAAGUAUUUUCAGCUCCACACAAAAAGAGUGAGAGAGAGUUGAUCCGAGAGCAUCAGAUGAAAAACUGACCCAGAACAGAUGCUUUUAAACCUUAUUCUCCUCCCCGUAGGAGGAGUUUCUCUUUUCCGAUUUAAUGUUCGUGUUUUUGUGGUAGCGGCUUGGUUAUAGCCCGGGUACCAGGGCCCUCUGUACCGCCUCUGGUUUGCUCACUGUUCCCUCUCUGCUUCACCUUAACCCAUAACGUCACAACCAGGCGGGUUCGGACUGCAGAAGCAGAGAGUGAACACAGAACAGGCGGUACAGGACUUACAGAAGAGUGUAAGUUGAGUGUCUGGAUCAUUUUCCUCAGAAAAAACUCCUGAGUCCUAAAAAAUUAAGCACAAGUACUAAAACUUUUUCCCCAAGGAAUUAAGAAGGGAACCUGCUGUCUGAUCAGUUUUAAAUCAAAUGGAAAAGAAGCAAACCAAAUUCUUGAAACAAGAAUUUAAAACCUUUGAACUUUAAGAAGUUAUUUUAACACCACAAACAUUCAGAAUCACGUUCCUACAAACUGGUUAUAAUAUCCUUUAUGACCCUAAAAUAUAAUUUUUAUAGGUCAAGUCUAAAGUAUCACGUCUUAUCAUAUUGUUUCUGAUAAUAACAUGGUAAAAAUUAAUCAGUAAUAAUAAACUCUAUUCCUAUUUAAGUGUCAAACAGCAGAGUGGACCUCCAGAGACACUGAGGAUGGAAAUGAAAAUGUUUUUCCGUUGCUGCUGCUAGUCUGCUCCGUCUCUACAGCUGAGCUGCAAGUUCAGUCUGACAAUGACAUUCUGUCACAUGUAAGACAAACUGAGGGACAAGUGGAAGAAGCAGAGAGUCUGACUGAGCAGCAGACCUGCACACAGGACAUCAAUGCUGUUCUGAGAGAGAUGACCGCCUUGGUGGCUGCACUGAAGGUGGAGGUGCAGCACCUACAGAAAGACAAUGAAGUGAAGAUGAUGGAGCUGCAAUCCCUGAACCAACGAUACCAAGUACAAGAAACUCUGGUACAAAAGCUGCAGGAAAGGAACCAAGUACAAGAAACUCAGGUACAAAAGCUGCAGGAUCAGAACCAAGUUCAGGCAGCAGAACUGGCUGCUAUUAAAGUCAACGCUGAAAACCAAGUGGAGGCUCUGAAGAGAGAUGGAGAAGCCAAACAACUGGCUUUCUCUGCCUCUUUGUUGGCAUCGGGUAAAGGAUACACUGGACCGUUCAACACUGAAAUAACUCUGAUCUUCAAACACGUUGUUACUAAUAUUGGAAAUACCUACAACCCAAAUACAGGACUGUUCACUGCACCAGUAAGAGGAGUUUAUCACUUUGAGUUCCACAUAUAUGGACAUGGUUCUACUAAUCCUACAUCUGCUGUGUUGAUCAAGAACAGAGAACACAUCUUUACAUCAUGGACGCAUCAGUCAGCUGGUGGUCAGAAAGCUUCUAAUGGCGUCUCAGUGCUGUUAGAAAUUGGAGAUGUUGUAUUUUUGCGAAUGUGGGCCAAUUCAUGGGUUGCUGACACUGAAGAUCAUCACACUACAUUUAGUGGUCAUUUACUUUUCACCAUGUAGGCAU